GAAAUUCCAAUUUAAAAACACUGGUUAGUCAUAGUGUCUAUAUAUCUUACACCUUCUUCAGGGACUUAUGGGCACUACAAAUUUACACCCAACCCUUCUCAAGUCCUUCAUGUCCAAUCGCUUCUUCCCUCUAUCCUCUUUCUCUCCUCUAUAACAGACUUUUCAUCACUCUCUAAAACUCUAAAACUCCUCCGUUUUCCCUCUGUCUCCAUGCAUAUGCAUCCUUUUGUCUCUGAAUUUUACUGAUCUUAUCGUGUCUGUCUAGAGUCUCUCAUGGCAACAAUUGUGUGCCAAGGUUUGCUGCCAGAUCUAGAGUCUCAAGUAGUACUCGAGCCAAGAACAACACUAAGGUUCAGGCCAUGUUCACCAAAAGCUCUUGAAUUUACCUUCAAAUCUGAUUUGGGACGCUGGAGCUUCCUCCAAGCUAUCUCCAAUGGCUCCAGAGAAAAUAUAGACAAAGAAAACACAGCAUAUGUCCAUCCUCAAGAGAAGCUUUCCAUGUCUUCUCUUAGUGAGAAGAGCUUGAAACUGUGUACGGAAAGUUUAGGUAGUGAAACUGGCACUGAUUUAAUUGAAGACGACAUGGACUCAUUGUCGUCUUCUUCUUCUUCUUCUUGUUGUUCUCCCACGGGUGCUAAGACUGCGAGUGCUCGUAAUUUUCCACCUCCAUUGACAACAAUAAGUGGAUUAGAACGUCUUCAAGUCAAGCCCCACCGCGAAGAUGGGCGGCUGAUUGUGAAAGCCACGAAGUCAGCCUCUACAGGCUCUCUCUUUCAAGCUGAAAGAAGCCAUGGCCGCCUUCGACUGUCAUUUUUUUAUACACCGUUUUUUGACUCUGAAGAGGAAGAGAUUGAAAAUGGGUACUUGGAUGAGGAGGAAGAACGUGAAGCAGAAGAGGAGAAAAUGUUGGAUCUUGAAGAAGAUGAAGAUGAAGACAAAGACGAAGAAUAGGCAUGCUUGGAAGAGGAUAUGAAUGGGAAUACUUUAAAUAUUGGGGUUAAAAUAGGAAUAGAAAAGGUGCAAAGGUGAGCAUGAGAAGAGCAAAGGAAUUUUACACUGGGAGUCUUUCGGUGGCAACUUCCUAAAACUCCUAUAUAGAUCUCCUCAUAAUAAAAAAGUUGUCCUUUUUACCUUUUUGUCCUUCUCUUUUCUAUGAAUGUAUUGUUUCGAAUCAAAUAUACUUUGUGGUUGUCGUUAUUCAAGUUAUUCCAAGAUAUUUUCAUUACUUGAUUGA